AUGGACAACCAGACCUUCUCAAACAAUAUAAUCCUUGUGGAGGGACUGAAAGUUACACCUCAGUCCUCCUAUACUAUCUUCAUCCUGCUUCUCGUGACUUAUGUUUUUAUAAUGGGAUGUAACAUUGGACUUGUAAUUGUGAUCUCAACUGAGAAGAAUCUGCAACACCCUAUGCAUUUUCUGUUCUGUAACUUGCCACUAAAUGAUAUACUAGGGGCCACUGUCAUUGUGCCACGCUUACUUCAGGACAUUUUAAAGGAAACCACAAUGCACUACAUGACAUAUGUGGAGUGUGUUGUUCAAGCAUAUUUUGUACAUGUAUUUGCAGCAGCAAGUCACUACGUGCUGAUGAUAGGACUCACCUUACGCCUGUCUCGCUGCAAAUAUAAAAUUGAAAGCCCUUUCUGUGAUAACGCCUCACUGUUUAAACUGUCCUGUGAAGACAGUGUGGCAGUUAAUAAUGUGUAUGGGUUAAUUACUUCUGUGGUUGUCUAUAUUUUCUCAAUUGGGUCUGUAGUCAUUACAUAUGGCAAAAUUGCUGCAGCAUGCAUAACCAGCAAAAACAAAGCACUUAACAGUAAAGCUAUAAAAACCUGUGGCACACACAUUGCUGUUUAUAUAAUUAUGUGUCUUUCUGGUGCCAUCAUGGUUUUUUUCCAUCGUUCUCCUGAAUAUUCUGAAAAUAGAAAACUGGCUAGUGUAAUGUUCCAUAUUGUACCACCGGGACUAAAUCCUUUAGUUUAUGGUUUACAAACCAAAGAGAUAAGGCGAAAGACUUUUAAACGUUGCUGUAGCUAA